AUGGCAUCCAAACGCAUCCUCAAGGAACUCAAGGAUUUGCAGAAGGAUCCUCCUACCUCAUGCAGCGCAGGUCCUGUUGCUGAGGAUAUGUUUCAUUGGCAAGCAACAAUCAUGGGACCUGCUGAUAGCCCCUAUUCAGGUGGUGUGUUUUUGGUUUCAAUUCACUUUCCUCCAGAUUAUCCAUUCAAGCCACCAAAGGUUGCAUUUAGGACUAAGGUAUUCCACCCGAACAUCAACAGCAAUGGAAGUAUCUGUCUCGACAUUCUGAAGGAACAAUGGAGCCCAGCAUUGACCAUUUCCAAGGUGCUCUUGUCGAUUUGUUCGUUGCUGACGGAUCCCAAUCCCGACGACCCUUUGGUGCCUGAGAUCGCACAUAUGUACAAGACAGACAGGACCAAGUACGAAGCCACUGCACGCAGCUGGACACAGAAGUAUGCCAUGGGAUGA